ACAUGUGGACGUCUUCACGUGUGGACGGACACAGCUGUCUGUCUUCAUCCUGUCAGAGACCAUGAGGACAGAAGGACUCAUCGGAGUCUUCCUGUUUGCACUGGCUGAAUCUUCAUCAGGUUGUCAUCCACACGUUCACCUGCAGAGGGAAGAAGAGAAGUGUGUUCUCUUUAAUUCACACACGACCACAGAAAAUGUCAGUGUCCACUGUGAGGGGAUGUGGGACCAGCUCAACUGUUGGCCUCAUGCUGCUGUCGGGGAAACUGUGUCUCAGCCGUGUCCACGCUUCUUUAACUCAGAGGGGACAGUGCGUCGUAACUGCACAGCCACAGGUUGGACUCGUCCACUCGUCCCACAUGAGGACGCGUGUGGUGACACGUUCAACGAGACGCUCCUGUUUCUCGGAGAGGAACUUUACACGGCGUCCGACUCUCACUUGUUCUUCUCCUGCGUGAAGACCAUGUACACAGCAGGAUACAGCGUCUCUCUCGUCUCUCUCACCGUCGCCAUCACCAUCUUCUGUCUGUUCAGGAAGCUUCACUGCACCAGGAACUACAUUCACAUCCAGCUCUUCAUCUCCUUCAUCCUGAGAGCUGUCUUCAUCUUCAUCAGAGACUCUCUGCUCUUCACCAACGAAGAUCUGUACCACUGUGACCACUAUCCUGUGGCGUGUAAAGCGGUCCUGAUGUUUUCAAACUACGCCAUCCUGGCCAACUACAGCUGGCUGCUGGUGGAGGGGCACUUCCUGUUCACGCUGGUCAGCCACUCCUUCUUCUCCCUGAGGAAACAUCUGACCUGCUACAUCGUCCUCAGCUGGGGUUUUCCUCUGGUCGUCAUCGUCUGCUGGGGAUUUGCCAAAUACUUUUAUGAAGAUGAAGGCUGCUGGGAAACGAGGAGCCAUGAGUGGAUCUGGUGGAUUCUUCGAGUGCCGGUUCUUCUCACCAUAUCUGUGAAUCUGGUGUAUUUCUCUGGGAUUCUGAAGAUCCUGGUGAGUAAACUGAGGACGCCCGACGCCCAGAGGAACGAGUUCAGUCAGUACAAGAGGUUGAUUAAAUCCACCUUCUUCCUGGUGGCUCUCUUUGGUCUUCACUACAUCCUGUUUGUCUUCCUGCCUGUGGAAAUGAGCGGCCUGGUGUUUAAGGUGUGGACGUUUGCAGAACUGGCUCUGUCGUCCACUCAGGGCUGUGUGGUCGCCGUGCUUUACUGCUUCAUGAACGGAGAGGUGCAGCAGGAGAUCCAGAGGAGGUGGAGGAGGUGGAGACUCACCCAGCACGUGUCCACUCGACCCAGGCAGCGACGGCAGCACAGCUCCAUCAGCCACACUCAGGUCUCACUGCUGACAUGUCCACCAGCUGCUCCUCUGCCUGUGGACACUGUGGACACUGUGGACACGUGACUGUCUUCUGUCUCCACACACGUGUUUAAUACUGUAACUGUUUAUUUAAGCUGAAACUAUUCACAGCUGGAUUAUUUGAAUUAUCAAUGAAAGCGUCUACGUCUCUAUCUCACUGUGAGACAGACGUCACUCGUUCUAAUGUCUUAUUUUGUCACAUUCGGCAUCUAAAAUCCCUGUGUAUGUAACGUCUGUUCAAAAUAAGAAAUAAAGGUUUUGCUGUGUG